CAAGAAGGCUUUUGGCUGGCUGCUCCAACCUGCCAAGAUGUCGCUUUUGAUCAAGCACAAUGAGAGGCUGAGGAAGUUCAAGAACAAAGGCAAGGACCCCACUGCCCUGCGGAGGCAGAGAGUGGAGGUGAUAGUUGAGCUGCGGAAGGCCAAGAAGGAUGAGCAGAUCUUGAAGCGCAGGAACAUUGAACAAAAUGAAAUUGAGAUGGAGAGGAAUCUCUCUACAAGAGAAGAUGAAAGACAUGAGAUCAUUCUCCUCUCCUUGGAGGAAAUCCUUCAAGGUGUGAAUGGGAGUGACAGUGAGCUGCAGCUGCAGGCCACGCAGGCCACCAGGAGACUGCUGUCCAGGAGGAAGGACCCCCCUAUCAGUGAGAUCAUCGAGCUGGGGAUCAUCCCCAGGCUGGUUGAAUUCCUCACCUAUGCUGACAAUGCUCCUCUGCAGUUUGAAGCUGCCUGGGCACUGACUAACAUCGCUGCUGGCACCUCGGAACACACCAAGGCAGUGGUGGAGGGAGGUGCCCUCCCAGCCUUCAUCUCCCUGCUGUCCUCCCCACACAUGCACAUCAGUGAGCAGUCUGUGUGGGCUCUGGGCAACAUUGCAGGUGAUGGUCCUCUGUACAGAGAUGCUCUUAUCAACUGCAACGCGCUUCCUCCCUUGCUGGCUCUGGUGUCUCCUGCAACUCCAGUUUGGUUCCUGAGGAAUAUCACGUGGACACUCUCAAACUUCUGUAGGCACAAGAACCCCUAUCCCCCUCUGGAUGCAGUGCAGAAGAUGCUGCCAGCCCUCAUCUGCCUCCUGGACCAUGAGGACAAUGAAGUCAUCUCCGACUCCUGCUGGGCCACUUCCUUUCUGACCGAUGGCUCCAACGACCGCAUCCAAGUUGUGGUGGAUACAGGGAUUCUCCCACGGCUGGUGGAACUCAUGGCCAGCCCAGAGCUGAUCAUUUUGACUCCAGCUCUCCGCACUGUUGGGAAUGUGGUCACAGGGACUAACGAGCAGACCCAGGCAGCUAUCGAUGCUGGUGUCUUGGCUGUCCUGCCCCAUCUCCUGCAACAUGCAAAGCCAACCAUACAGAAGGAAGCAGCCUGGAUGCUCAGUAACAUCGCAGCAGGGCCUUGCUGGCAGAUCCAGCAACUCCUGACCUGUGGGUUGUUGCCUCCUCUGGUGGAGCUGCUUGAUAAGGGGAACUUCAAUGCUCAGAAGGAAGCUGUAUGGGCAGUAGCCAACUUCACAACAGGAGGAACUGUGGAGCAGAUAGUGGAGCUCGUCCAGUCUGGGGUCCUCAAACCUCUGCUCAACCUGCUUUUGGCUAAGGACAGCAAAACCAUCCUGGUUAUCCUGGAUACCAUUUCAAAUCUCUUCCUGGCAGCUGAGAAGCUGGGAGAGACAGAGAGGUUGUGUCUGCUGGUGGAGAAGCUUGAUGGUCUGGAGAAGUUGGAAGCCUUGCAGAUCCAUGACAACAAAAUUGUCUGCCAAGUUGCCCUGAACAUCAUAGAGAAAUACUUCUCUGGGGAGGUAGAUUCAGACCUGCGUUGAGUCUGGACUCUCAUAGUCCAAGGUGGACUGUAUGAUCCCUCAGCAGAGAAGCAGAGCUUCACCUUCUGAAGAUGAAGCACUACAUGGCUCUGAGCUGGUGGGUGGAGGUGUUGGGCAUUGAACUUGAGAGGAGCAAAAAUGCUGAGUCUUUCUACUGUGAGACUCAUCAAUAAAUUGCACUUCUGGCUUUGUA